AGAAAACAAAAGACCCCACGUACCCUUAAAAUCAGCGGCUCAAAUCCCAUCCCUAAAACUAAUCCAACGGCGCAAAACAUCUCCUUCUUCCCUAUUAAUUCAGCAACAAACAAACCCUUCAAUUUCUCUCUCUCUACCAGUUGCUAUCUUUCUCUCUCCUCAAGUUUCUCAAUUUCUCUCUCGUCCGUCGCCGCCGCCGUCCUUUCCGGCGGCGCGAUCCUCUAUCUCAGGCGAACCUCCGCCCUUAUACCCUUUUUUUUUCCACCCUUCCCUCUCCUCUCUUUAUCUCUCUCCCUGUCUGAAAAACCUCAAAAAAAGGAAUUUUAAUUUUCCGAAAAACCCAAAAAAAUUCGCAUAAAAAAAGAGAAAAAGCCUUCUGUAUUUUUGUGUUUGAUUUAUUGCCGAAUAAUCAGAGGAGAGGGAAGUGGGUUUAUAAAAAAACCGAAAAAAAUUCGAAAAUUUUUUAAAACAAAAAAAACCCUUUAUUUAUUUUUUUCUUCUCUCCUGAAUUUUAGGUUUAGGGUUUUUAGGAGUGAGAAAAAAUGGCUCAAGUUCAGGUACAAGCAAAUGGUGGUGCUCCGGCGGCUUCUUCCGCCGCCCCAGGUGGGGCUCCUGCUACAGCCGCUGCGGCAGGACAGUUUGUAACGACUUCGUUGUAUGUGGGUGAUUUGGAUGUGAAUGUGAGUGACUCACAGCUGUAUGAUGUGUUUAAUCAACUGGGUCAGGUGGUUUCGGUUAGGGUUUGCAGGGAUUUGGCAACUCGUCGAUCACUUGGUUAUGGUUAUGUCAAUUAUGCCAGCCCACAAGAUGCUGCCAGAGCGAUAGAUGUCCUGAACUUCACUCCUCUCAACAACAGGCCUAUCAGGAUAAUGUACUCUCAUCGUGAUCCUAGUGUCCGUAAGAGUGGAGCUGGAAACAUCUUCAUCAAGAAUUUGGAUAAGGCCAUUGACAACAAAGCAUUGUCUGAUACCUUCUCUGCUUUUGGGAAAAUCCUGUCUUGCAAGAUUGCUACUGAUUCAUCUGGGCAGUCAAAGGGACAUGGUUUUGUGCAGUAUGAGACUGAUGAGUCUGCUCAACAGGCAAUAGAGAAGCUGAAUGGCAUGCUGUUGAAUGACAAGCAAGUCUACGUGGGGCCUUUUCAGCGUAGGCAAGAAAGAGAAAAUGCCAUUGACAAAACUAAGUUCACCAACGUUUAUGUGAAGAAUAUUGCCGAGGCAACAUCAGAUGAUGAUAUGAACAAGAUUUUUAGCCAAUACGGGAAAAUUACGAGUGCUGUUGUGAUGCGUGAUGCAGAUGGAAAGUCAAAAUGCUUUGGGUUCGUUAACUUUGAAAAUGCUGAUGAAGCUGCCAUUGCCGUGGAAGCUCUAAAUGGGAAGAUGGUUGAUGGUAAAGAGUGGUAUGUUGGUAAAGCCCAAAAAAAGGCAGAAAGGGAAGCCGAGCUAAAAAAUCAAUUUGAGCAGAGUGUAAAAGAGGUGGUUGACCAAUACCAGGGAAAAAACCUCUACAUCAAAAAUUUAGAUGAUACCGUUGAUGAUGACAAACUCAAAGAAAUAUUUUCUCCAUAUGGUGAAAUUACUUCAUGCAAGAUAAUGCGAGACCCUAGUGGUGUAAGCAAGGGAUCAGGCUUUGUUGCAUUUUCGACGGCUGAAGAGGCAUCUCAAGCUCUAAUGGAGAUGAAUGGCAAGAUGAUUGUUAGCAAACCUCUUUAUGUUGCCCUUGCACAACGUAAAGAAGACAGAAGGGCAAGGCUGCAGGCCCAAUUUUCUCAAAUGCGCCCUGUUGCAAUGCCACCAUCUGUUGGUCCUAGAAUGCCAAUUUAUCCUCCUGGUGGUCCUGGGCUUGGGCAGCAGAUAUAUUACGGGCAAGCACCACCUGCAAUGCUUCCACCUCAGCCCGCAUUUGGAUACCAACACCAACUCAUGCCUGGUAUGAGAGGUGGUGCUCCGGUGCCAAAUUUCUUUAUGCCAAUGGUCCAGCAAGGGCAGCAGGGGCCACGCCCUGGUGGCAGGCGUGGAGGCGGGAAUCCAGUCCAGCAGUCCCAGCAGCCUAUUAUGAUGCAGCAGCAGAUGAUGCCAAGGGGACGUUAUCGCUAUCCACCUGCACGUGCACUGCCAGAUUCUCCCAUCCCAGGUGUCACUGGAGGAGUGCUUCCUGGCGUUCAAUUCGAUAUGGGUGGCGUGCAAAUGCGGGAUGCUGCAAUGUCUCCAACUGUUCCUGUCGGCGCACUGGCUACCCUGCUUGCUAAUGCUACUCCGGAGCAUCAGAGGCUUCUGUUGGGAGAGAACCUGUAUCCAUUGGUGGAGCAGCUGGAGCCAGAAAUGGCGGCAAAGGUAACUGGGAUGCUGCUAGAGAUGGACCAGACAGAAGUUCUGCAUCUGUUGGAGUCUCCGGACGCUCUGAAGGCCAAGGUUGCUGAGGCAAUGGAAGUCUUGAGAAAUGUCGCUCAGCAGCAACAACAACCACCUAGCAACCCUGCUGAUCAGCUUGCUUCGUUGUCAUUGAAUGACAAUCUCUCUUAAAGGCAUUGAGCCACAUUACUGAAACUUGAUCUAGAACUGAUUUUGAAUUUCAUGUUUUGGGAUUUGAGAAACUAUUGGUGUGGUUUGGUAUUGUUGAACUGAGAUUUCUUGUUCUGGUUCUUGACUUUUGGCUUACCUGUCAUGGGUUCUUAAGACAAAGUUUGUUUCAAA